UAUAUAUAUAUAUAUAUAUAUAUAUAUGUUAUGCUGAAACAUUUCUUUCUGACUUCACACAAACAUAGAACAUUAGUGUUCAAAUUUUAAACUCCUUCUUCUGCACAUUUUCACUCUGCUUCUGCUUCUGCUUCUCUGGAAAACUGAAAACACUUGAGUAUUAACGAAACUCUGUUUCAGCUUCCCUUGUUUUUCGGCAAAAGCAGAGUUCCUCUGUUUUCGAAGAUGGCCAUAAAGACCAUUGAAGUGUUGAAAGGGUGCGGAUCGCAAGAAGAGAUAAUGGAAGUGCUUGCUGCGGUGGCUUCGGACUUGGGGGAUCCGAUCGAUGAUGUGAACGCCUUGCAGGUGAUUCCGUUGAAGGGUGCAAUGACCAAUGAGGUUUUUCGGAUAAAGUGGCCAACCAAGAAUGGUGGUGAAGUGAGAAACGUUCUGGUUCGUUCGUAUGGUGAAGGUGUUGAAGUUUUCUUCGACAGGGAAGAAGAAGUUCGAACCUUUGAGUGCAUGUCAGAGCAUGGUCAAGGUCCACGCCUUCUUGCCCGAUUCACCUCUGGCAGAGUUGAGGAGUUUAUUCAUGCCAAAACUCUCUCAGCUGCUGACCUCCGUGACCCCGAAGUAUCUGCUUUGAUAGCAUCUAAGAUGAGAGAGUUCCAUAAUCUUCAUAUGCCUGCUGCAAAGAUGGUUCAGAUUUGGCACAGAAUGAGGAAGUGGCUUGGUGAAGCCAGAAGUUUGUGCUCACCAAAGGAUAUAAAAAUAUUUGGCUUGGACAAUCUGGAUGAGGAAAUAAAUAUCCUCGAGAAGAAGUUAUCUGAAGGAUAUCAAGAGAUUGGCUUUUGUCACAAUGACCUACAAUAUGGUAACAUAAUGAUGGAUGAAGAGACAAGAUUAAUCACUAUAAUUGACUAUGAAUAUGCCAGUUAUAAUCCUGUUGCUUAUGAUCUGGCAAAUCAUUUCUGUGAAAUGGUGGCAGAUUACCACAGUGACACACCUCAUGUACUUGACUACAAUAAAUAUCCAAGUCUAGAGGAGCGUCAACGAUUUAUCCGUAUCUAUCUGAGUUCUGAAGGCAAGAAACCAAGCAAUGCUAAAGUGAACAAGUUAGUGAAAGCAGUAGAAAAAUACGCUCUUGCAAGUCAUAUAUUUUGGGGUCUGUGGGGACUUAUUUCGAGUUAUGUGAAUAAAAUAGACUUUGACUACAAGGAGUAUGCAAGGCAAAGGUUUCAGGAAUACUGGUUAAGGAAGCCUACUUUAUUGGACUCACCAUGCAUCACUUCCCAAGACGCAACUGUGAAUGGAUCUCUGCCAUCCUUCACGUGAUUUUGCUUCACAUGUCAUAGUGAAGAUUAGUCUUAGUAUAUAUUUAUAUAUUAAUAACACGUACAAUAUAUGAUAUGCAGUAUCAUAUAUGUAAAUAACAUAUGUAAUCACUAAAAAUCUGUGAUGAGUUUUUGAAAUUUUAAUUAAGGUUUGCUUUUCGAUCCCUCUCUUUAGGGAUUGAGUUUGGGGAUAAAUUUGAGAAUAAGUAGUUUGUAACUUUGUAUUGUUGCAAUAUCAAUGGGAUAUAGAUUUGUCCCUUCAUGUUUCACACAUUAGAUAAUGUUAUAAUAAAGUCUAAUUUGAAUGGUUCCUA